AAAUCCCCCUGAAAGAAACUGCUUCUCACCGUCCGUCCCUCUCUCUGCAAUCCGUGGGGAGAGACCACGCUGAUGGGUCCAAAGACCAUGCAGGCGCACCAACACCGACCAUGGUGGGUGGCUUAUGAAUCCCAGGCUCCUUCGAGAAAGAACAUCCUGCAGAGUGAGGAGUCCUCUUGUCAAGACAAGGCCGAUACGACUGUCCGGCAGACAAGGCCAGUCAUUUCCAGUGAUUGCUGGGGUGUACUAGCGCCUCCCUUUCCUUCUUCUCCUUUUCUUCCUGGUCUCGAGAACGAGGUGAGGGAAACUAGAGCAAGCAAGGCCCCUGAUUUUUGUGGUGCUUUUCUAACGCUCUUGGAGGAUGAACAUAAUCGGACAACACCAUCAAAAUGAGUUCAAAUCAGGAUCGUCGGUCAAUAUAUCAGAAACAGGACAGAAAGGGACCAGCCCCCAUCGCCUCGUUUGAAGAUUUGAGUGUCAAAUCGUUCGACCUCUCUCCUGAGACCUAUUUUGCUCCUGUACAAAACAGAAGAGAUGGGUCAACAGGGUAUUCUCCAAGUGCGGGUGGUUCUGUCCGCGGCGCUGAAGAAGACCAUCAAGAGAGGUCAUUACUUCAGGGUCGACGGGAUCACUCAGUGACCUUUUCCUACAAGGAGGGUUAUCCAGGCCGAGAAAUCUUGCACCCCACUGAGGGACUUGAAAGACAACCAUACAUUCGGAGAGCCAGUGAAAGAUCGGAAACGAGCAGUGUGACCGGAAAUACGCCCAUCGAUCCUUACUCAAAGUACAACUUUCGGAUGAUCGAUGCCAGCACACAAGACCUUCGAGAUCCCAUUGACAGAAGUCGACGCUUUUCUGGAACUUCGGCUAUUUACAGUGAUAACCCUAUGGCGAGCGGAGAACGACAUGGCAGACACAGUUCUGUUAGCUCAGGUUCUAGUGCCAAAUCAGCCGGCUCACCCGGUGCAGUGGCGAUUGAAACCUCCUUUUGUGGACCUAAGCCAUUUCGUGGAGAUUCUAGCUUUGAUAUGGGACCUCAUCAACAAACAACGGGUGUAGGAUCACCGUUGCAAGACGAUGAUUCCGACCGUGGGCGGAAUAUAUAUGAUGAAAUCAAUCGACGAAUGCAAUAUCCACUCACUAAACAAGAUUCCUACGCAAACGCCAUCUAUAACAACAAGCGGCCGAAUGGAGUCAAAAAGCAAAGCUCGUACGAGCAAGCCAUCGACAUUGGCACCAAUCUUAAUUCCACACGCUCACAAUCUGCUAGACGAGUGCGGAAGCAAGAUUCCUAUAACAGAGCGAUUGGAGGCUCCUUCGAGGAUAGCACGUGUGAGGAUGCCAAUCGGCCUCGGCUUUCGAUUCGGAAGCAAGAGUCAUAUCUAUAUGCUGUGGGUGAGAUGUCGCCUGAGGGUGAAAAUAGGCCCUUUCUGAACACCCCGCGGAUGGGUAUGCACAAGCAACAUUCUUAUCAACGGGCGAUUGGGGUGUUCUCCAUCGACGAGGAUGAGCCCAUUGACUUUACGUGUUCUCCAAGAAGGCCAAUGCAAAAGCAGGAUUCUUAUGUGCAAGCCAUGCAAUUUAGUGAAGAAGUAAAUCAAACCUCCGAAGACUAUAACUCCAACUCAUCCCCACGAAAAGGCCUAAAAAAGCAAGAUUCUUAUGCUAAAGCCAUUUGUGAUCAGCCUGUGUCUCCACCUAGACGACUAGACCGAAACCCAAGCUAUGAACGAAUUCUUCAAGAGUUUCAUCAGCCAUAUCUUCCUCUUGACCGAUUUGACCGGGGUAUGAUGGACUCCUCGACCUUUUCGGCCCCAUCCGGUCAUCACGGGUUAACCCAUGCCAAGAGGCAAGACUCUUACCUCGAAGCCAUUGAUAUGAUCUCCCCUGACGAACCAGAAGAAGUGAAGCCCUCGCCCAAACUGAAUGCUGCUUCAUGGAAAAUCAGACAAGAUUCCUAUCAACAGGCCGUUUUUGCCACCGAAGACAACGACCCGCAUCCGCCCGUAACGUUGGUUAAGUCGCCACACCGUGCCCCCAAACGACAAGAUUCUUAUGUUCAAGCAAUGGAUUGUGAAGCGGGCUUCCAAGCCAGAAGAACCUCGUUUGGUCAGAGACAAGAUUCCUAUCAAAAGGCUUUGGAGAUGUCAAUGGAUGUCAUUGAAUCUAAUGGACAGGAUUAUCAUGCUUCUGCGAUUACCUCGCACGAAGCCAUUCAUAAUUCUUGGACCCGGUCAUCCAGACCUGUGUUUUCUAUGACCGCCGCCUCGCAGGCUACCACGGCAGCCAUUAAAAUCCAAAGAGCCUUCAAGAACUACAAGAUUCGUCACUCCACUCAGUUACGCCAACAAGAACAAUUCCAAUCUAAAUCAAUGAAUAGAGCAGCAGUGAAAAUUCAAGCCUUAUUUCGUGGAUUUAAGGUCAGGCAAAGACCUCAUAAUGUAGUACGAGUUCGAAUGCAAGUUGACAAUGCUCAGAAGCUGUUUAAGAGAAAACUUCAAGACCAUCCAAAUGAUGAUUUAGCAGAUUUGGAUGAUCCAGAGUUGAAAGACGCGGCAACCAAAAUACAAGCAGUGUUUCGAGGCUUCAAAGUGCGAAAUGUUGAAUUGGAGAGUGUCCAGAAUGAAAUGCCGGACCUUAGAGACACGGAUGUGCUUGAUGCUACCAAGAAGAUUCAAGCUGUGUUUCGAGGCUACCAAACUAGAAAGAACUGUCCUCAAUCCAAACUAAGUGCGAAUGAUCUUCCAGAUCUAAAUGAUGAAGAAGUUCUUGAAGCUGCUAUGAAAAUUCAAACUGUAUUCAGAGGUCAUUUAGUCCGGAAGCAUCUAAAGGAUGAUAGGAAUGAAGGCGAACUUCCCGAUUUAACCAAUGACGAUGUGAUCCAAGCAGCAAAGAAAAUUCAAUCUGUUUUUCGUGGUUUUCAAGUGAGAAAGAAAAAUCUAUUCGAACCACAAGAAAGUUCGUCUGAGGAUCUUCCAAAUUUAAACGAUUCUGAGGUGCUGGAUGCUGCCUUGAAGAUUCAAUCUGUGUUUCGAGGAUUUAACGUCAGAAAGAAAGUUAACCCAGACAUACGGUUUCUCCCAAGAGAUCGAAGUGAAAGGUCGAAUUUGUACUUCCAAAAAUCUUCAACAAGAGACGAGAAAGAUUUGGCACGGAUGGAAAAAACAUCAGUGUCAAACGCCAAAUAUGAACACGAAACUAAGCAAAAUCUGGGUGCUUCCGUCAAUGACAGAUACUUAGGGGCAAAAAGGGAUUCCUUGCCAUCUUUGACCGGCCAAACGUAUCAAGAGACAACAACAAAAAAUCAGGCUGUCUUUCAAGGUUAUCAGGUUCGAAAAGAUAUUCAAGAGAAAGACAGUUUGCCAAAUAUUCGUGAUACAGGCAAAAGGGACUCAUCCAAGAAAACUAAACUUGACCAUAAAGAAUGCCAAAAUAAACAGAACAAGGACGACUUACCUAAUCUAAAGGAUCCAGAGUUAGCAGAUGCUGCCGGCAAGAUUCAAGCCGUUUUCAGAGGAUAUUCUGUAAGAAAAGAAAAUCAUGACAAAGCAAGCAAAGAAGAUCAAGAAAAAAGAAAUGCGAUUAACUUUCAAGAUCCUGAACUCUUAGACGCUGCCAAUAAACUUACAGCAAUGUUUGGAGGGUACCAAGUCCAAGAAGACGGUUCUGGUCAAGAAUUACCUGACUUGAAGGAUCCUGAACUAGAAGUGGCUGCCAAUAAGAUUCAAGCAGUGUUUAGAGGGUUUCAAGUAAGGAAAAAGCCUCCUUCCAAAAUUGAGGAUUUACCUGACCUUGGAGACCCAGAAUUGGAGGAAGCUGCAAACAAGAUCCAAGCCGUGUUUCGGGGCUUCCAAGUUAGAAAGCAAAACCCUACUAAAACUGAGGACUUGCCUGAUUUGGGUGACCCAGAAUUGGAGGAAGCCGCAAACAAGAUCCAAGCCGUGUUUCGGGGCUUCCAAGUUAGAAAGCAAAACCCUACUAAAACUGAGGACUUGCCUGAUUUGGGUGACCCAGAAUUGGAGGAAGCCGCAAACAAGAUCCAAGCCGUGUUUCGGGGCUUCCAAGUUAGAAAGCAAAACCCUACUAAAACUGAGGACUUGCCUGAUCUGGGUGACCCAGAAUUGGAGGAGGCCGCAAACAAGAUCCAAGCCGUGUUUCGGGGCUUCCAAGUUAGAAAGCAAAACCCUACUAAAACUGAGGACUUGCCUGAUUUGGGUGACCCAGAAUUGGAGGAAGCCGCAAACAAGAUCCAAGCCGUGUUUCGGGGCUUUCAAGUUAGAAAGCAAAACCCUACUAAAACUGAGGACUUGCCUGAUUUGGGUGACCCAGAAUUGGAGGAAGCCGCAAACAAGAUCCAAGCCGUGUUUCGGGGUUUCCAAGUUAGAAAGCAAAACCCUUUCAAAACUGAAGACUUGCCUGAUUUGGGUGACCCAGAAUUGGAGGAAGCCGCAAACAAGAUCCAAGCCGUGUUUCGGGGUUUCCAAGUUAGAAAGCAAAACCCUUUCAAAACUGAAGAUUUGCCUGAUUUGGGUGACCCAGAAUUGGAGGAAGCCGCAAACAAGAUCCAAGCCGUGUUUCGAGGUUUCCAAGUCAGGAGACAAAUUCCUGAAAAACGGGCAGAUGAUCUUCCCAAUUUGAGGGACCCUUCACUACAGGAUGCCGCUAACAAGAUUCAGUCAGUGUUUCGGGGAUUCCAAGUGAGAAAACAAAAUCGUUCCCAAGGUGAGGAAUUACCUGACCUGGGAGAUCCUGAGUUAGAGGAUGCUGCCAACAAGAUCCAAGCUGUGUUUAGAGGAUUUCAAGUAAGGAAAAAGCCUCCUUCCAAAGUUGAGGAUUUACCUGAUCUUGGUGACCCAGAAUUGGAGGAAGCCGCCAACAAGAUCCAAGCCGUGUUUCGGGGAUUUCAAGUGAGGAAAAAGGCGUCUCUCAAAGCAAAAGACCCACCUGAUAUGAGUGAUCCUGAAUUGAAGGAAGCCGCUAAUAAAAUACAAGCUGUAUCCCGGGGGCAUAAAGUCAGAAAAGAUUACCCCACCAAAGCUCAAGAUCUUCCAGACUUUGCGGAUCCGGAAUUUGAGGACGCUGCUAAUAAGAUUCAAGCCGUGUUUAGAGGCUUCCAAGUUAGGAAAUCCACAGUGUCCAAGCAAGUUGAAGAUCUUCCAGAUUUAAGGGAUCCAGAGUUGGAAGAGGCUGCUAACAAAAUCCAAGCUGUGUUUCGGGGUUUCCAAGUAAGAAAGCAAAACCCUUCCAAAACUGAAGACUUGCCUGACCUGAAGGAUCCGGAAUUGGAAGAGGCUGCCAACAAGAUUCAAGCUGUUUUUAGAGGAUUUCAAGUGAGAAAACACAUUCCAACUAAAGCGGAAAACCUGCCUGAUCUUGGCGACCCAGAAUUGGAGGAAGCUGCAAACAAAAUCCAAGCCGUGUUUAGGGGCUUCAAAGUUAGGAAGCAAACCCCAAAUAACAAAGGUAAAGAUGAUCUACUUAACUUAAAUGAUCCGGAACUAGAAGACGCUGCCAACAAGAUUCAAGCCGUGUUUCGAGGAUUUCGAGUCCGAAAGCAAAUUCCAAUCAAAGAUGAGGACCUUCCUGACCUACAAGAUCCUGACGUAGAAGACGCAGCCAAUAGAAUCCAGUCUGUUUUCAGGGGGUUUCAGGUUCGAAAGAAAAUGCAAUCUGUGCCUAGGGAAGGGGAGGAAUUGCCCAAUUUAGAUGAUUAUGGCCUAAUAGAAGAAGCAAAUAAGAUUCAGGACCUCCGAAAGCCCCAAGAGUCAAAUCCAAAUUUACGAAUUUUAGGAAGAAAUGGUCAUUCCUCAAAGCAUGAUGCCGCUGUGCUUGAUGUGGAAGACUUACCAAAACUUUCCGAUCAGGACGUGGUUGAUGCCACCAAGAAAAUUCAAUCAGUUUUCAGAGGAUAUCAAGUUCGAAAGGAUAUUGAAAUUCAGGAACGAAAACUCAGAGAUGGUUCAGCAAUGAUUCAAUCUGGGUCAAAUCAAAAGGUAGAUGAGAAUGUGGACAUUAUGCCUGAUUUGAAUGCUCAAGAAGUUCUGGAAGCUGCGGUAAAGAUUCAAUCCGUUUUCAAGGGCUUCCAAGCUCGACGUCAGUUUGAAGAGACCCAAAGUGCUGUUAGAGCUGCCUUGAAAAUUCAAUCAGCUUUCAAGCGAUUUAAGGCUAGAAAGAGACAAGAGAAGGCAAAGGGGCCCUCAUCAUCUCUGCCAUUAUCACAACCUCAAAUUAUUCAGGGAGAGCAAAAAAAGUCGCCAAUGGAUAUGUAUAUCGCUGCAUGCAUCAUUCAAGUAUCAUUCAAAAGAUUCAGAAAAAGACGAGCUCUUAAAAAGGAGGCAAUGCUUGCAAGCCAGAUGAAAACAUCAGGGAUGAUAACAAAACCUUCCCAUCCCCUACGGGGAAUGAAGAAGUGUAAUCCCAUUCCCAAACCACCUACGCAGGCUCCUCUGCCACUUAAGGUGGACGAACGCGAUUGUAGGCCAACAAGACCCUUCCAUUCAAUUACAACCAAGUCGUUAGCUGAUGGCAUUGGGAUCAAGGAAGUGCCCAAUAGCGAGCUACUUCAUCACCCAGGUGAUAUAGUUGCAGCGGCUAUCACCAUUCAAAGAUUUUUCCGGAAGUUGCGAGUGAAAGGUAAAACCCGUAGACUACGGAGAGUCUCAACCACAUCUUCAUCAUCUGUUGCUUCUGGGUCAUCUUCAUCGUCAAGUUCGUCCUCCUCCAAGUCUACUAAUGCGUCAGGUGCCUCAUCGUCAACAGAGUCUCAUCAUUCCAGCCAACGGAAAAAAUCCGGUGCUUCAAAACCAAAGUCAUCUUCCACUGAGUCUGCUCUUUCAGAUAAGAAAAGCGCUCAUGACCCAGAAGAAAGUACCUCAAGCGAAAGCGAACUUCCCAGAGAUUACUCUUCAGAUGAAAGUCAAAGUCAAGGAACUGAAGUCAACAAAGCUAAAAUGACAAAAAAGAGACCUCCUCCUCCUCCUCCUCAGAAAAUUCAACCUGCCGUUGCUGAAAAAUCUGAAGUGCUCCAUAAAGAACCUGAAGAGACGGACACUUUCAAUGAAAGAUCAUUGAAUACUAAAGUGGCUCAAGCCCUCCAAAUGCAUGGAAGGACUUCGUCGUCAGGGAAUACGCUCUCUAAAACUCCUGCACCCUCCUUAGAUUUUGAUAACGUGGAACCCAUGGAAUCUGAUGAUCAUAUAGUGUCCCAAACCUUUGGAGUGCAUGACCGACCUAUCAAGUCACCUUUGCCAGCUAGAUCUUCCAAGUUAAAGCAAGUUCCAAUUCCAAUAGCCCCGCAAACCCCACUUCCAGUGACAUCAGCUUUUGCUCCUCCUCCUCCACCUGCUUCAGCGGCUUCACACAUCAUGAGUUCCUCUUUUACGAACACGAUAGCAUGUACAACUGCUACCACCAACAUCCCAUCAAGCCCAUCAGUGGCUCAAAACGCAUUAGGAAUUAUCCGAAAAUCUUCACUGGGAAAUUUCUUUACCGGACAAGAUGACUCGUCUCCUGUUAUGACUGACAAUGAUCCAAGGCCCCCACCUCCUCCAUUUGAAUUAAAGCCUGCCACAAUGGAAAAGAAAUCGGGAUUUUUUUCAACCCUGCUGAGACGGGGUGAUAAGAAGAAAAAGGCAGUUCCACUGGCUUCCAACACAUUGCCUAGAGCUAAGACCGAUAUUGUGCAUCUUAAGGAUGAAAAUGCAGAUUUAGGGAAAAAAGACGAUUUAAUACACUCUGUGAUCAGUGCUGUUGAAGAAAAUUGGUUGAAGCAAGCCCCCCAACCCACCGUCGGAAGGAGGAGGGACGACCGUUCCUCUGCUGAAUCCGAUUUAGAUGGAAGUGAGUUAGAAGAGCCCAUCAAGACCCUCCAAUUUGCUCCCGACGAAGGUCAGGCCUUGUUCCGCCAAGACUCCAAUGGCGAGGAAUUGCCUUAUUUGGAAACCACCCUUCCACAAGAGAGAUCAGGGUUGGUGACUUUAACUCCCUCUUAUAAACGAAUAGGAGAAUGCAAACUUUCCAGUAUUACCAGACCAAGAAGUGCCUCACCCAAAAACCCCGGAAGAAUUCAAGAUUUUGGUGCUAGUCACAACCUGCACCAAACCUCGGAGAAGAUUGUAGUCAAAUUGCCCAAACAGGACUCGUUCAGCCGUAUCCGACCACGGCCAGAAUCAUGGGAAAGUUUCUCAUCCAAGGGUCUUCAAACAUUCAAAGGCCCUCUCCCAGAGGCAGUCAAGCAGACCUGGGUGGACUGUGAUAGGAGUGAGGGAGAAAAAGUGCAUAUUAACGUCGCCCGGCGGCCAGCACCGCCACCAAUUCCAACGAGAUCGCCGUGCUCAACACUUGGUCGCAAGUAGAAAAAGAAGAAGAAAAACUACAACAACAACACAUACUGUCACUGCAUCUGCUAAUACUGCAUCAGCACAGACAACAAUUCAGUAAUUGAUAAGACCCUAGACAAAUAACUGACUGCAUAGAAAAUUAAGGUCUAAUUCAGCAUGCCAUAUUUUUCUAUAGUUUAGCAUUUUUGUCAAAGAAAAACAACUCAUGUGUGGGAAGGGAAGAUCUUGCUUGCACUCAAGAUACGAAAUUCUUAAGCUAUGUGGAUAACAAGAAGAUCUCAGUGGCAUGGCUCAACCUUCAGUUCUGUAGCUCAACUCAAGAAUUGGCAAAUGUGUUUUUUUGUUACUACAAUCCAAAACUGAAAUCUCGCUGGAUUUUGUCCAGUGCAAUUAUAGGCCAGUCACUUUAUGUGGUGGGAAACCAAAACACCUUGAGCUCAGUCCUCAUUUUUUGCCUUUUCACUCUUCCAACUGCCAGACUGUGUCUCAAUUUAGUCUGUAGCUAACUCGAAGCAUUACGUCGAAUGUCUAAUUGAUCAUCUUCAGUGAAAAUGCAAACCCGAUGGCAAUUCCUUAAUUUCAUAUCAUAAAAGCCUGCGAAAGAAAUAUCUCAAGUCAAUGAAUCAUGUUCCCUUCGACGCAUACCUUCUGAUUCGGGAAUGAUGAAGCUCGCAUCGCAACGAGAUUUUUGAGCUCGUCAGUGCCUUGAGAUUGGGGUACUCCUUACAGAGCAUGAAACUUAUCUAAAUAAUAUGUGGACUUCAAAUAUUGCCCUUACACCUGCCUCCCACCCAAAUCGUUGCUUACCUUAGAAGUGUUUAACGAGUUAUCUAAUCGACCUUAUUCUUACGGGUCCCAAUUGUUUAAUUACUAUUGCUCAACGAAGAGCAAAUGCGGUAUAGGUUUUAAAAAGUCUACAUUUUUUUAAUCAUCUACACAAUAUCUUUCCGAGCAAUCGUCCCUCAACUACCCAUGAAAAAUGAUUCAUCACAUUGGCAUUCGACUUAUAUAUCGUUCACGAAGGUCGUCUUCAUCCUUAUCGUCACAAUUAAAUCUUAUCAUGUCGAUUAUUAUUCUCAACCUCAUUAUUCUCAUUCAUCAAAACCUACUUCUAUGAUUAUUCCAAUAGUUAUAGCUUUGCCUCGCUUUCUGUCACAUAUUUAUUACAUCACGAUAUCCGCAUUGUUAUUGUUGAACUCUUCUAACAAAUAAAUCAGUUUGUAAUAAAAUGACGAAUCCAUUUCCAAUCUUAGGCAACUCAUAAUCGAAAGAGUGUUUUAAUUUUUUUGCACUUUUUUUCAUAAAAGAGUGCGUACACUCUGAUUUGUAGAGUUCAAGUGAUCGUUC